AUGUUGUCUCUGCUUCGCUUGCUGUUGGUGUGGACCAUUCUCGGCCAGGUCUUGGCUCUGGAUGAGCGGGAGUACGAUACCCAGGUGGCCCCGCUUACAACCACUGGUAAUAGAUGGUGGCGCAGCUUUGCCAAUCAAGUGCGCCUCGCCUUCAGCCGCUGGCAGCCCAAGCCGAAAACGAGGACCAAACCGCUGGCACGCCAA